CAGUCACUCACACAUCAGUAGUGAGCUAGAAGAACUUUCAGAGUCCUGAAGGACCAUCGCAUAGCGCACCCAUUUAAAAGCAUCUCAUAAUAACUUUCUCUUUCUUUCUUUCAACGCAGUCCCCCCAAUCAAAUUAAUCACAAUAAUAAUAAUUAUAAUCAAUCAAAAACAAACAAACCCUAUUCUAUUCUAUUCUAUUCUAUUAGUAGUAAAACCCACAACCCUCUUUUUCGCGCCUCCUUCACUCACCGGAACCCUAAAAAUCCCUCACAAUGCCAAUGGCUUAUUCCAUUUCCCAUUUCAACAAACUUCCACUCCAUUCCUCUUCAAUUCUCUCUCCCAUUCCUCGUUUCUCCCCCAAACCAUUCCUUCCACUCCUUUCCUCUCACAAAACCACACCACAAAUCAUUUCCUCUCAAAAACCUCUCUCCCUCUCUCCCGCCGCUGCCGCUACCGCCGUCGUUGCCGCACCUGAAGAGGAAACCCUAACGAAACUCGGAAAAAGAACCGACAUAAAGAAGAUCCUAAUCCUCGGUGCAGGUCCAAUCGUAAUAGGUCAAGCUUGCGAAUUCGAUUACUCAGGAACACAAGCAUGCAAAGCAUUGCGAGAAGAAGGUUACGAAGUCGUUCUCAUAAAUUCAAACCCUGCAACGAUCAUGACAGAUCCGGAUAUGGCUGAUAGAACCUACGUUACUCCCAUGACACCUGAAUUAGUCGAACAGGUUCUCGAAGCUGAGCGUCCUGACGCGCUUUUACCAACAAUGGGCGGCCAAACAGCGCUUAACCUUGCCGUUGCUUUGGCCGAAAGCGGCGCGUUGGAGAAAUACGGCGUGGAACUUAUCGGUGCGAAGCUUGAAGCUAUUAAGAAAGCUGAAGAUAGAGAAUUGUUUAAGCAGGCUAUGAAGAAUAUUGGAAUUAAAACGCCGCCUUCGGGAAUUUGUACUACACUUGAUGAGUGUAUGCAAAUUGCGAAUGAAAUCGAGUUUCCUUUGAUUGUUCGACCGGCGUUUACGCUCGGUGGUACCGGCGGUGGAAUUGCUUAUAAUAGAGAAGAUUUGAUGGAAAUUUGUAAGGCUGGUAUUGCUGCUAGUUUGACUAAUCAGGUUUUGAUUGAAAAAUCUUUGUUAGGUUGGAAGGAAUAUGAACUUGAGGUUAUGAGAGAUUUAGCUGAUAAUGUUGUUAUUAUUUGUUCAAUUGAGAAUAUUGAUCCUAUGGGUGUUCAUACUGGUGAUUCUAUUACUGUUGCACCUGCUCAGACUUUGACUGAUAAGGAGUAUCAGCGUUUGAGAGAUUAUUCUAUUGCUAUUAUUAGAGAAAUUGGUGUCGAAUGUGGGGGUUCUAAUGUUCAAUUUGCUGUUAACCCUGAAGAUGGUGAGGUUAUGGUUAUUGAGAUGAACCCUAGAGUUUCUAGGUCUUCUGCUCUUGCUUCUAAGGCUACUGGAUUUCCUAUAGCGAAAAUGGCAGCGAAGUUGUCUGUUGGAUAUUCUUUGGAUCAAAUCCCAAAUGAUAUAACUAAAAAGACACCUGCUAGUUUUGAACCUUCUAUUGAUUAUGUGGUUACAAAGAUUCCUCGGUUUGCUUUUGAAAAAUUUCCUGGCUCUCAGCCAGUAUUGACGACACAGAUGAAAUCAGUUGGAGAGGCAAUGGCAGUGGGGCGAACUUUCCAGGAGUCCUUUCAAAAAGCUGUGCGCUCUCUAGAAUACGGCUUUGCUGGAUGGGGUUGUGGACCGGUGAAGGAGUUGGACCAUGACUGGGAACAAUUGAAGUAUAGCCUUCGGGUUCCUAAUCCGGAGCGUAUCCAUGCCAUAUAUGCUGCAAUGAAGAAAGGUAUGCAAGUUGAUGAAAUAUUUGACCUGAGUUUUAUUGAUAAAUGGUUUCUCAGGCAGCUCAAGGACCUGGUUGACGUUGAAAACUUCUUAAUGUCGCAUAACCUGUUUGAUUUGACGGAUGUCGAUUUCUAUGAGGUUAAGAGAAGAGGGUUUAGUGAUAAACAGAUUGCAUUUGCAACCAAGUCUAAUGAGAAAGAAGUCCGAAAUAGGCGGCUAUCUCUUGGUGUUGUUCCAGCAUAUAAGCGGGUUGAUACCUGCGCUGCAGAAUUUGAAGCUAAUACUCCUUAUAUGUACUCUUCUUAUGAUUUUGAGUGCGAAUCAGCUCCCACUAAGAGAAAGAAGGUUUUAAUUUUGGGUGGAGGACCAAAUAGAAUCGGUCAAGGGAUUGAGUUUGACUACUGUUGCUGUCAUGCAUCCUUUUCUCUCCAGGAAGCAGGAUAUGAGACAAUCAUGGUGAAUUCAAAUCCUGAGACCGUAUCCACAGACUAUGACACUAGUGAUCGUCUCUACUUUGAACCCUUAACUGUUGAAGAUGUUUUGAACAUUAUAGAUUUGGAAAGGCCUGAUGGUAUCAUUGUACAGUUUGGAGGUCAAACACCAUUGAAAUUAUCUCUCCCCCUACAACAAUACCUAGAUGAACACAAGCCAGCGUGCGCCAGUGGGGAAGGUCAUGUGCGCAUUUGGGGAACAUCUCCUGAUUCUAUUGAUGUUGCUGAGGACAGAGAGAGGUUCAAUGUGAUGCUUCAUGAACUACAAAUUGAACACCCAAAAGGAGGAAUUGCUAGGAGUGAAGCUGAUGCACUUUCCAUUGCAGCAGAAAUUGGAUACCCAGUUGUUGUUCGCCCUUCUUAUGUUUUGGGUGGUCGAGCAAUGGAGAUAGUAUAUAGUGACGACAGACUUGUGACUUACCUUGAAACUGCUGUUGAGGUGGAUCCAGAACGCCCUGUCCUAAUUGACAAGUAUUUAUCUGAUGCCUGUGAGAUUGACGUUGAUGCAUUGGCUGACUCACAUGGCAAUGUAGUCAUAGGUGGGAUAAUGGAGCACAUUGAACAAGCUGGUAUACAUUCUGGGGAUUCUGCUUGUUCUAUUCCUACAAGAACUAUUGCAUCUUCUUGCUUGGAGACAAUCAGGUCAUGGACAGAAAAAUUGGCCAGAAAACUGAAUGUGUGCGGGCUCAUGAAUUGUCAGUAUGCAAUAACUUCAUCGGGGAAGGUGUUUUUGCUUGAGGCCAACCCUCGAGCCUCUCGCACAGUGCCAUUUGUAUCAAAAGCUAUUGGCCACCCCUUGGCUAAGUAUGCUUCCCUCGUCAUGUCUGGAAAGUCUCUUCAUGAUAUAAAGUUUACAAAGGAGGUUAUUCCUAAACAUGUGUCAGUCAAGGAAGCUGUUCUUCCUUUCUCAAAGUUCCCAGGCUGCGACAUAUUUCUAAGUCCUGAGAUGCGAAGUACUGGUGAGGUCAUGGGUAUUGACCCUAUGUAUAAUAUUGCAUUUGCAAAGGCUCAAAUUGCUGCUGGCCAGAAGCUACCACUAUCUGGUAGUGUGUUCCUUAGCUUGAAUGACUUAACGAAGCCUCACCUUGAGAAGAUUGCAAAGGCUUUUGUGGAUAUCGGAUUUCAGAUUGUCGCUACUGCUGGAACAGCUCUUGCUCUUAAAUCGUGUAAUAUCCCAGCUGUGCUAGUGCUGAAGCUACACGAAGGAAGGCCUCAUGCUGGUGACAUGAUAGCCAAUGGAGACAUUCAGCUGAUGGUUGUAACCAGUUCAGGUGAUGCACUUGAUCGGAUAGAUGGUCUGGCUCUCAGGAGGAUGGCUUUGGAUUACAAGGUUCCUAUUGUGACAACUGUAAAUGGUGCUCUGGCAACUGCCGAAGCAAUAAAGAGCAUGGAGUCCAACUCUAUCAAAAUGAUUGCUCUUCAAGAUUUCAUUGUUGAUGAAUCUAAAGAGUGACAAAUUUUGCACUAGUUGAUAGAUACUAAUUAUUGUUGUACAACUUGCUAGAUUUGGGAGUGGAAGAUGAUUUUCUAUGAGAUGCUUUUCAUUUGAAAAUAACCGAAGGAAAUAUGAAUGGUAAUAUAAUCUCUGUCCUGGCUCCUGAUAAAGCAUUCGUGAUAAAGCAUUUGUGCUCACGUAGAAGUUUUUUGAGUGUGGUGGAUUUCUUUCUACUACUUAAUAAUUAUUUUCGUUUUAGAAAUCUUGUAACUUUCAUUUGAUCCUGCUGAAUAGCCAUAUCAUUCAUAAAAGAGAAUCUUAAAUUUAUUUUUAAAAAGUUGAAGUUGGAGUCUCAAAUCUAAGACGCCGAGCAGUACAAUUGUAAGUUAAUUGUCUGCUUAUCCUUAAACUUUUGUAUGUUUCAGGUUUGAAGUUGGUAAUUGUAUGGUUUUAACUUAACAUCAACCUUUUAAGAUUGUUUUCUA